GUGAACGUCCAGUGCAAAGAUGGACAGAUGGAGAUAGGCAUCGAAGCUGCCGAGCAGCUGGGCAUCUGCAGGCUUGACAACGACUAUGAAAUGAAAUGGCGGAGCAGGCGCUACGUGUUCGCCAUCACGCAGGUUAAGGGUGACAUCUGCAUCGACCCGCACCUCGGCAUGAAGUUUUUGGUGCCGAGUACCUCGAUCAAGAUUUCGGCACUUGGUCGAAGUGACGACAUCGUCUAUGGCUUGGAC